AUGAAGCUCACCACCUUUCCCUCCUUGGCCUUGGCCUCCAGUACCCUCGCAGCACCAUCACUAGCCAUCUCAAAGCGCGACCCAUCCGGUUCCUUCGAACUCCUCGCCUACGACGUCACCGACGAUGGCAUAAAACUAUUUUACUCCGACGGCCUCGCAUACGCCGGCGACUCCUCCCUUUGGACAUAUGGCUCUGUCACAACAGACGUAACCUUCAAACUCACAGAUUCAAAGCUUGUCACUACCGCCACCACAUCGGGUGUGACACUCGACUCGGAUACUCUACUCUACAUCCGGCCUACGGCCGACAAAGUCCUACCCGUCGGGUUUACGGGUAAUGAUUAUGACACGCCGUCUGAUGCGUCGACAGAUAGUUUCUUGUUCUAUGGCACGUAUUUGAUGUGGGAGGAAUCGGAUGGGAAUAUCGCGGAUGUUUUCAGGCUGAAGGAGAGUAACGUUUCGGGGAUUUACGAGGUUUAUUGGGAUACUUCUAGUUUGGAUCUUGAUGGGUAUUAUUAUCCUGCUAUUCAGGAUGUUACUGUUUGA